AUGGGCCACGGCCAAUCAAGCGGCUUACAUUUGACAGCGGUUAACAAUAAUGGGGGAGAGAAUACGAAGGAUAAAGUGGAAAAGUUAUUUCGACAAAAUAAUCGGACAAAUCGAUCGAGAAGUCUAGAUAAUCGAACUAUUGUGCAAGAAAAAUUGCCGACUCGGGCGAUCGGAUCAAGUCAUUCUGCAAGAUUUCCAAAAUCUCGACAUAUUCCUGGACUUCCCAGAAGAUCUGAAGAUGGACGUAAGUAUCUUUAUCUAGUUUCUUGUAGUUUCAUCAAUUAAUAUUCUGAAACCGAAACAUUUUCUUUCAAAAAUAGAAUACCAAUUUUUGUUUUAGCUAAUGGUGCAAUUUCUGGUCUGUCAAGAGAAGAUAAACGAAUAAUUGAGACUUGUUGGUUUAAAUGCUCACAGAAACAAUUACGCAAAUGUACCUCGGAUAUAUUUUGGGAUAUUUUACAUACGGAUGAGCAUAUUUUGAAAUUAUUCCGAUUGGAUCAUGUUGCAACAAAUCGAUUGAAAGACAAUGAUUAUUUCAAGUCACAUGCUGCCAAUCUCGCAUUGGUUUUAAAUUUGGUUGUGACAAAUGUUCAAGAUCAUUUUGAAGAGGCUCAUGAUGCUCUUCAAGCUCUUGGUUAUCAACAUUUACAUCUAAUUGAUCGAUCAAAUUUUCAAACUAUGUAUUGGGAUAUUUUCACAGAUUGUUUUGAGAGAAAUCCACCUCCAUCAUUCAAAAAAGGCAAAGAGCGCGAGGUAAUUCAAUAGAAAACAAAUCAAUAAGUAACCUUUGAAAAAUCGAAUUAUCUUGAAAAAAUUGCAGGUUUGGAGUAGAAUGAUUUUGUACAUAAUGGCUCAAAUGAAAACGGGUUAUCAACGAGCACAACACGAGGAAAAAUGUGAACGAUUAAGUGUCCCAAUGUUGAUGUAA